AAAAAGAGCUCAAGAUGAUCAGCCGAUACUUAUUGGCUCUUGGCAUGUGGGCUGCACUUACUAUAACCUUUUCUGCAGCUCAAAACACAACAGUUUCAACUACAACUGAAUCGUUAACAUGCAUACUUUUUCCGGAAUUACCAAUAUGUAGAACAACCACUCAAGCUACUACUACCACAGCCUCAAGAACAACCACAACAUCAACUUCAAUCGCUCCGACGACCACCAAAGAAGUAACGACAACCACUUCCACAACCACUAAAGAAAUAUCAACGACAACUAUAGUUCCAACAACCACAAGCACUUCUACAACCACUGAGGAAACUACAACGACAACUUUAUCCCCAACAACCACAAGCACUUCUACAACCACUGAAGGAACUACAACAACUUUAGCUCCAACAACCACAAGCACUUCUUCAACCACUAAGGAAACUACAACGACAACUUUAGCUCCAACAACCACAAGCACUUCUACAACCACUGAAGGAACUACAACAACAACUUUAACUCCAACAACCACAAGCACUUCCACUUCCACUGAGGAAACUACAACAACAACUUUAGCUACAACAAGCACAACCUCAUCUACAACCACUAAGGAAACUACAACGACAACUUUAGCGCCAACAACCACAAGCACUUCAACUGAAUCAAUAAUAUGUAUACUUUUUCCGCAAUUGCCAAGAUGUAGGACAACAACACAAGCUACUACUACCACUGCCUCAACAACAACCACAGCAUCAACUACAAUCGCUCCGACGACCACCGAAGAAGUAACGACAACCACCUUGGCUCCCACAACCACUGAGGAAAUAUCAACGACAACCAUAGCUCCAACAACCACAAGCACUUCAACAACCACUAAAGAAACUACAACAACGACUUUAGCUCCAACAACCACAAGCACUUCUACAGCCACUCAGGGAACUACAACGACAACCAUAGCUCCAACAACCACAACCUCUUCUACAACCACUGAGGAAACUACAACAACAACUUUAUCUCCAACAACCACAAGUACUUCUACAACCACUGAGGAAACUACAACGACAACUUUAGCUCCAACAACCACAAGUACUUCUACAACCACUGAGGAAACAACAACGACAACUUUAGCUCCAACAACCACAACCUCUUCUACAACCACUGAGGAAACUACAACAACAACUUUAUCUCCAACAACCACAAGUACUUCUACAACCACUGAGGAAACUACAACGACUACUUUAGCUCCAACAACCACAAGUACUUCUACAACCACUGAGGAAACUACAACGACAACUUUAGCUCCAACAACCACAAGCAAUUCUACAACUAUUGAGGAAACUACAACGACAACUAUAGCUCCAACCACCACAAACACUUCAACAACCACUGAGGGAACAACCACAACCUCUUCUACAACCACUGAGGAAACUACAACGACAACUUUAGCUCCAACAACCACAAGCACUUCUACAACUACUGAGGAAACUACAACGACAACUAUAGCUCCAACAACCACAAACACCUCAACAACCACUGAGGGAACAACCACAACCUCUUCUACAACCACUGAGGAAACUACAACGACAACUUUAGCUCCAACAACCACAAGCACUUCUACAACCACUGAGGAAACUACAACGCUUAGUUCUACAACAAACUCUCAAGCCCAUCACCAUCAUCAUUAUCACCAAGGUGUAUAUGGGCCUCCAGCCUUUCCACUUCCACCUCCGAUACCCCUGCCACCAUUUCCCUUUCUUGGAGCGUUGCCUGAAACUGAUUCUAGUGUGAUUGCUUUACUACCCAUUCCGCUUCCACCCCCGAUUCCUGAAUUUCCUCGGCCCCCACCAAGGCUACCUCAUCCCUUCGGAAAUUUGUUUGGAAAAUAACUUAACAUAUUCUUCAACUGAUAGUUAUGGAUCCCAAUUUAGCAACAAUUGUUGUUAUAUUUCGAU